GCAAAUAAUAGUUUCAAGGCUAAAAUGAUGCACUAUCGCAAAGCGGAGAAUGUGGAGCAGGAGCAGAGCAAAAGCGAUUUGCCGUUUGAAGAUUGCAUGCCAAAGGACAAGGACUUUCUGUGGAUGCAUGUGAAGGGCGGCACCAAGGUGGGAAAUGUUAUAAGCCAUGCGCAGCAGGCUCUGGAUAAGGGUGAAUAUCGUACGCUGGUGUGGAGCGGCUCUGGUGGCGGCGUGGUCAAGACUAUAUCCUGCGCUGAGGUAAUAAAGCGCAGUCAUGCACUUUAUCAGGUCACACGCAUGACGCAUACUAAAUUGGAGGAGCACUGGAAGCCACAAAUGGAAAGCUUAGAGGAGCUUAUAGUUACACGCCAAAUACCCACGCUGCAUAUACUUAUGAGUCUCGAUGAGCUGCCUGCCGACACAGUGGGUUUGCAAAAGCCAAAUACGCUUAGCGAUUUUUGGCAGCAUGACGAACCGCGCAGCCGCAAUCCUCCAACUGAAAAUAAUGCUCGCAAGCAAAAACGUCCCAGAUAUGGACGCAACAAGCCACAACAGCAACAACAACAACAGCAGCAGCAACAACAAAGCAAACAUGACAUUGACAUUGCUGCUAGUUAA